UUGCAAAUCGGGUGUUGGUAGGCACUUCCUGUGCAAACGUGGAAACUGUCAAACUGUUGAGCUAACUUCUAUAUGAAAUGAAAAAAGAUGUUUGCUUCAAUAAAGAAGAACUGGUUUCUUAUUGGAAUAGUUGUUGUGAUAUGCCUAGCAAAAUUCGCGCCUGAAAUAGGAUCUAAAGGAGGGAUUUUGAUGCCAGAGAUAACUGUGAAGUACAUUGCUGUCUUCAUAAUUUUCUUUAAUAGUGGUGUUUCUUUAAGAAGCGAGGAUUUAGGGCGAGCACUGCUGCAGGUCAAAGUUCAUGUCUUUAUUCAAGGGUUCACCUUUAUUCUGUUUCCAGUAAUCAUAUUCACUUUGGUGAAAUUUUUGAGUGUGGGAGAAUUCAACAAACACAUUUUGGAAGGAUUGAAAAUACUGAGUUGUUUACCUCCACCAGUUUCAUCAGCAGUGAUUCUUACAAAGGCUGUAGGCGGCAAUGAGGCUGCUGCAAUAUUUAAUUCUGCAUUUGGAAGUUUUCUUGGUAUAACAGUCACCCCAACACUUAUUUUAGCUUUAGUAGGAUCUAAGGCAGCUGUACCAGUAGCGUCCAUCUUCCUGCAGCUUACAGCAACAGUAGUUUUACCGCUGGUCAUUGGUCAGUGGGUCAGACACAUGUUGACCAACACUGUCAACCUUAAAAACGUUCCAUGGGGUCAGAUUGGCAGUGGGGUAUUGUUACUUAUUAUUUAUGCAACAUUCUGUGAUACAUUUUCUCAUAAAGAUGUAAAUGUGGAUCCAGCAAGUUUCUUCAUGACAGUCGUUUUAAUAAUCAGUAUACAGGUGUGUCUACUGUACAGUGUGUUUACUGUAAGCAGUACUAGAUUGUUACCUUUCUCACGGAGUGAUACAGUAGCAUUGAUGUUUUGUUGUACACAUAAAUCACUUACUCUAGGAAUUCCAAUAAUAAAAAUCAUAUUUGCGGACUCACCGAGUCUUUCAUUAAUCACUAUACCAUUACUUGUGUACCAUCCGACACAAAUACUCCUUGGCGGGCUUCUUGUACCUUACAUUAGAGGAUGGAUGCUUGGUGGACAGAGAACUGGGUUUAUAUUACGGUGAGGUACUGAAGGUCGUCAAAAUUUCAAUUCCUAUGAUGCCGCCAACAGAUGAAUCAAAACAUAAUAAACAAAACUUAUUGCCAAUUAUAUACACUAUGAAAUUUUAAGACCGCCAAAACACCUGUAACAGAAAGUUUAACGGUCACACUUUAAAAUAUUCUUCAGAUUUACAAUAGAUGUCAUUAAAAAGUGCUCAAAAAUGUAUUGAAACUCAACUCAAGAGAGCAUGAAUCACCAUCUGUAAGUCAUGUAAAUUGGACACAAUGUGAACCUAGCUUGUAGAAAAAGGAAUUAUGUGAUAUUCUAGUGCCUUCCUGUUCGAACAAACAUUUAUCAUGUUCACAUGUUCAACAGAUAAAUCAUUUCGAAAUAGAAGGGAAUUUCUUUUCAGUGUUUCUUCUGGGGAGAAAAACAACAACUUUAAUGAUAUCUCGAAAAACUAUGACAUCUGUAUAUUUCUUGAUAUUAGCUAUGAAAAUGAAAUGGUCCACAGAAUUUAUAAUUUAUUACAAAAAAAAAACAACAACACUCCCAGUCAGUUGAAGGAAAAUGACUUAGAUUGAGUUAUCUUGAAUUUCUAACAGUUAGGAAGAACACGGAAAUAUUUGCUCUGGACAAUAAAGCAUUUCUGCCUUCUUCAGAUAUUAUGAGGUGGAAUGGUUUACAGAACAAAAGGAACAAAAUUGACAUGAAUUUUGCUAAUUAGAAUAAACUUUUCUGCAAAUUAAGCUUUCGACAGUUUAGUGGGCACUUCAGUCCUUUAUCGAUGUUUCAAGAACAGUAGUCAGCUGUUUGAUAGUCAGGUGUCUUAAAUUACUGGAAACAGGAAGAGUAAUAUAGCUAAGGGUAUCAUCGAAAUAACUGUUGAAGUUCUUAAAACUUAGAAGGCUUAUAAAGCAAGCACCUUUAAAAUUAUAAAUGAGGUGUGGUGAAAAUCGUUCUAAAUAAUCCAAGUAUUUUAUUUGAAUAACAAAGAAAAUGCAUGGAUACCGAUGAUUUUUAUGUUUUGGUUCUGUUAUGUUUGAUGUAAGUCACUAAUACAGUAAAAAGAAAAAAAGUUGUCUGUAAGUUAUGAUAAAAAUGUUUACUUUUGUACAUUUUUAGUACGAUACAGGAGGAAUCUUCUCAGCAAUAAAAAAAGAAGUAUUUAAUGCAAAUUUUGAAUUUUAAAAACGAAAAUGCAUUAGUUAUGUAAUAUCAUAUUUGCAGGAGUAAAAAAUUAAGAAAAUUUGUCAGUAAAUUUAAUUUAUCAUGAAAUUUAAAUCAUAGUUAUCUUAUGUUCUUGAUUCUGUUAUUUGAAUACCAAAUUCUACCAUAAUUGGUCAAUUCAUUUAUCUUCUCUAUACCUUUAAACGAGCAUGGUGACAUAACCUAUUGUUUCUCUUUAUAGGUGGAAAAACGACAAGUACGGAUGUGUCCAAACUCCAAAUUUCUUCAUAUAAAAAUCACUUGGUGUGUUUAGAUUUUCAGAAAAGCAGAAUUUCCCCGAAAAAGCUGGAAGUGUUGAAACAUUACACCGCGCCAGAGCAUAUUCCAGAAGUGCUCCAGACCAUAGCGCUUUUGUUUUCAGCAAAUCACGGCGAGAAUCACCGAUAUUAUCCUGAAAAAUUUCUACUGAUACUGAUGAAUUGUAGCCUGAAGAUGAUUUACAAAUCAUUUAGAUUAUUUUUAAGUGAAAUGCACCAUGCCAUAGCACAACAUUUUGUGACCUCCCAGAAUACGCCAUUGCACUUUUUGCAAAAAUUACCAAAUUAAUCUGGCUUCUUACCAGCAUCGAGUGUUUGUCUUUUAAAGAGGAAAGCGUUUGUCUUUAUAUCAUGAAAUUCCAUUGAGUAUUAACAAAGUAACGACCAAAAAUGUGACCUGAAGCGAGCCGUUUUAAUUACAAAUCAAGCGCCGUACCUUACCUUCUGGUCACAUGGGUUCCCCGCAGUGAAGUUCCCUUUGAUGUAGGCAUUUUGUAGGAAAAGUAUAGUUAGUGUUUCUUGAUAUAUUAUGGUAAAUUUUGUCUGCCUGACAAAUUGCAAUCUCUUCUCAGUUUUAUUUUUGCCAUCUAACUCGUAACCUUUGUUGUUAUCCUUUUCUACCAGGCUUUGUCCGAACACUACAUGCCUUUUGCCUUUUACAUAUGCUCCCUUCUUUCUAUAGCAUAACACAUUUUCCAUGUUAUUCCUCUUCUAUAUCCAUGUCUUGCCAUCAGUAUGAAAAAUAUAAUUUCAAAUACCAGUAAUACAGUGUUGUAGAAGUCUGUAGAAACACAGUUGGAUAAUUAAAUUUCAAAAAAUGCAGUUGUAUUUCACUUUCAUCUUAGUUAAUCUUGAAAUGUAGACAAUGAAAGACAAAGUUGUAAAUGUGCAAUGUAUUUCUUUUUUAAUAUGGUUUUACCAGUGUUGAGGUAAGAUGAGAAUAUAAUCUUUAACCCUUACCAUGCUAAAUUUCUAUUAUGGACUGGUCCAUCUUCCAAUUUGGGCAGUACCAUUUAUCAUUUGAAGGGGUGUUUACUAAAAAACUACUGACUGAAUAGCGAACAGUGCAGACCAUGAUCAGACUGCACGGAUGUGCAGGCUGAUCUUGGUCUGCACUGGUCGCAAAGGCAGAAUCACUUGCCGCCAGCAGGCUAAGGGUUAAGUGUGAAAUUAUUUUAUUUAAAUUUCACUGAAAUAACAUUUUACUGUGGCUGUUUCAUUUGCAAAGAAAUUUAUGGACUUUAAAUUUGAAAAAAAAAAUUUUUUUAAUAGAUAGGAAUUUCACCUAUUUUUUUUUUGAGAUUGAUUUUUUUCAAGCAAGCAUAACUAUGAUGUCAACAGAAAAUUGUAUCCUACAACUAAUAGUGAUUUCACAGUAAAUAGAACCAAUGCUGGAUCUGAUUCAUAAUUUUCUAAUCAUUUUUGUUCUUUUGUUUGAAAGGUUUUGAGUGAUGUUGUACAUGUGAUUUAUUUACAUUUUCAGGCGGCGAACAUUUAGCUUUGCAGUCUGAAACUGAAGGGCAGUCAGUGUAGGAAAAGUUCAAGAAAGUAAAGGACCAGUCCAAGUUUGACACAGCGGUCAUAGAACAGCGUUUCCGUAUUAAUUUUAUAAAAUUUCUGCUGGUGGAACAAAUUCUUUCUGGUUGAGGAAAUGUGAAGUGAAUUUUCUAAUGUAAUGCAAUCUACAUUUAUAAGGCACAGUCUGAAGCUGUGAUACAGUCUACAUUGAACUUUUUCACUUGGGACUAUGGUUAAGUCUACAUACAUAGCACAUUUAUGUGAAGUGAAAACGUUAGAAAAACGUAUCCCUUGGUAACAAUAGUUAAAGCCACGCAACAGCGUGAUUCAAACUGUAGUUCCAACCAGCUGUGUUUGUUUAAUUUCCAUAAACUGUGCUAUAGUCCCCAAGUGAAAAUACUUGUUGUGGUUGAUAAAGGGUUUAUUGACAAUCAUUUGAGAUUUUCUAGUAAGCUCACCAUGCGCACAAAGUGCUCCAGGUGAGCAAUUGUGAUCGUCCUGUGUCCUUUGUCAUUGCCAACAUCAACAAUUAGACUGUCAAAAUUUGGCCCAAUCUUAAUUAACCUUGGUCAGAAUGUUACCCUCACUUAAAUCUCACCAGUUUAAUUAUUGGGUCAUCUUGGAACACCACUUUAAAUUGGAAAACCUUGAUAAAACUCUAUAGGCCACAUUUUAUAUUUGAUCAUUUACUUAUCUGUAUGAAGUGUAGGACAGGUUAAAAACUGGGUUAUAUGAGAUCAGAAACUUGGUCAGAUCAUUGAGAAACCUUGUUAACACUUAAGGGGCCACAAUUUGUUAGGGAUACUCAUGAAAUUUUGUCUGAAUGUUUGUUUCUUUGAAAUUCAGAUCAAGAACAAAAGUGGGCUACCUGAGAUCAAAAACUAUGUCAAAUGGGAGAUCAUUGAGAAACAUUAUUCACAAUCUAGAGGUCACAUUUUUAGAAUCAAUCUUCAUAAAUGUGUGUCAGAACUUUUGUCUGUAUGAAAUAUAGGUCAAGUUCAAAAGUGAGUUACUGAGUCAUAGAAAGACCUUGUUAACUAUCUAUAGGCCGUAUUUUCUACCUGAUCCUCAAGAGACUUGGUCAGGAAGUUAGACUGUUUAAAAUUUAGGAUAAUAUAAAUAACUAGGUCACUUGGGCAAAUAACGAAGUCGGUAAGUCUAAUCAAUGAAAACUUAAAUAAUUAUCUACAUAAUUUACAUUAAACAUGGUUAAAAUGUAUGAAAUGUAGGCUUAAUUAGAUAUUUGGUUAUCAUUGGUAAUCGUAUGAACUUGCUCAGGUGAGCAAUUCAGGGCCUGCUUGUUUUACUUCUGAUAUGUAUAGAAAUUUUUAAUAUGUUUUCAUUUUGUUAAGUUUUGUGAAGCUGUUUUCGUUUCACCUUUGAUAAGAGAGAAGAUUUUGCUCUGUUGUUCUGUCGUAAGCUGAGUAAUUAUAUAAAAGAUAAUAGGUGACCAAAUGAAAAACCUAGAACAGAAGUUUCGGUGUGUGUUGUCAUCUCUGUCGAAUAUUGGCAUAUUUUUCUAUUGAUUUAUUUAAUUCAUAAAAUGAUACCUUUUUAGCUCACCUGUCGCAUAGUGACAAGGUGAGCUUUUGUGACCGCUUGAUGUCCGUCGUGCGUCAACAAUUUGUAAAAAAAAAAUCUUCUAACCACUGGGCAGAUUUACACCAAACUUCACAGGAAUGAUCCUUGGGUGGCACCAUUUCAAAAUUGCCCAAAGAAUUUUAUUCCAUGCAGAACUCUGGUUGCCAUUUAAAAAUCUUCUUUUCAGAAACUGUUAGCCGGAUUUAAAAAAUAUUUUGUAGAAAUGAUCUCUAGGUGACCGUCUACCAAAAUUGCCUAAGCCAUUCUGUUUCGGUAAAAAACAUGGCCACCAGGGGGAGGGGCUUAUUUUCCCUAUAUGGCUAUAUUGUAAAUUUCAAAAAUCUUCUUCUUCAAAACCACUGGGCAGAUUUACACUAAACUUCACAGAAAUGAUCCUUGGGUGCCCCCCUAUCAAAAUUGCCCAAAGAAUUGAAAUCCAUGCAGAACUCUGGUUGCCAAAAAUCUUCUUGUCCAAAACCACAGUAGCUAGCGCUUUGAUAUUUGGUAUGUGGCAUCAUCUAAUGUUCCUCUACCAAGUUAGUUCAAAUUAUCCCCCUAGGGUCAAAUAUGGGUUCAUAUGGUUUACAUAGACUUAUAUAGGAAAAACUUUGAAAAUCUUCUUGUCCAAAACCACAGGGCAGAGGGCUUUGAUAUUUUUUAUGUAACAUCAUCUAGUGGUCUUCUACUGAGAUUGUACAAAUUAUCCCCCUAGGGGUAAAUAUGGCCCCCAUGGGGGGUCACAUGGUUUAUAUAGACUUGUAUAGGGAAAAACUUUGAAAAUCUUCUUGUCCAAAACCACAGUAGCUAGGGCUUUGAUAUUUGGUAUGUGGCAUCAUCUAAUGGUCCUCUACCAAGUUAGUUCAAAUUAUCCCCCUACGGUCAGAUAUGGCCCUGCCCUAGGGGUCAUAUGGUUUACAUAGACUUAUAUAGAAAAAACUUCUUGUCCAAAACCACAGGGCCUAGGGCUUUGAUAUUUGGUAUGUAGCAUCAUCUAUUGGUCCUUUACCAAGUUUGUUCAAUUUGUUUCCCUAGGGUCAAAUAUUUCCCCGCCAGGCCCGGGUCACAUGGUUUAAAUAGACUUGUAUAGGAAAAAACUUUAAAAAUCUUCUUGUCUUAAACCACAAGACCUAGGCCUUUGAUGUUUUGUAUGUAGCAUUGCCUUAUGGUCCUCUACCAAGAUUGUUCAAAUUAUUACCCUGGGGUGAAAAGAGGCCCUUCUCUGGGGGUCCAUAGUUUUACAUAUACUUAUAUAGGAAAAACUUUAAAAAUCUUCUUGUCUGAAACUGGAAGGCCUAGGCUUUUGAUAUUUGGUAUGUUGCAUUGCCUAGUGGUCCACUAUACCAAGAUUAUUCAAAUUAUGCCCCUCAGUUGAAAAGUUUUACAUAGACUUAUAUAGGAAAAAAAUUAAAUAAUCUUCUUGUCUGAAAGUUCAAGGUCUAGGCCUUUGAUAUUUGGUAUGUGUCAUUGCCUAGUUGAUUUCUAACAAGAUUGUUUGAAUUAUGCGCCUGGGAUGAAAAGAAGCCCCGCCCCGACUAGUCCAACUAAUUUGACGCGAUCCUAGGAAAUUUUGAGAUUAUUUUUUCAUAUGGGCAAUAUCCCCAAUCACGUCAAACACUUUAAAGACCAAAAUAGUUGAAGCAGUUUCCGAUGAAAUUUUCAUCGCUGCCGACACUUUACAUGCUAUAGGUUUAAAUGCCGAUUAUUUCACAAAAUGGCCAUAAAUUCAAAUAAAACUUACAUGUAUCGAAAGGGGAUUCAAUUCCUCAUUGAUUUAUGUAAAAAUUAUCAAAUAAUAUCCAAAAUUUUGAUUUUUCUGGUGAUUUAAACCUAUGUAUGUAAUGUACAUGAUUAACGUUUACCGUGUCUACACGCAAUAUGCGUAAGCGAUAAAACCAAUUACUUUACAUGACUGUGUACUGUGAUUUAUCUUCCAUUUUUUUAGUCCUUCAAAGUUUUGACGUUUAGCUGGCCCGUCACAAAUAUAAGACAAUCUGAACGUCGAAUUAUUUUGACUACCGCCCAAACCUACUUUCUUGUUUUUUAAGAUACAGCCUUGAAAUUUUGGUGACAGUUUUGCACACUGAUCUUAAAACUGACCAUGAAUGUGACCUACUGACCUACUUUCUUAAUAUUUUAGCAUCAGUUUGACAUUUGAUACAUGUAGCUCAUAUUACUCAGGUGAGCAAUCCAGGGUCAUUAUGACCCUCUUGUUUUGUUUGUUUGGUUAAGCAAAAUGAAAAAGCUAUCACCAAUUUACUUACUUUUUAAUGCCACAGCAUCCAUUAAUGUGAUUUCAUUUGUGACAUUUCACAUCUUAUAUGAAAUUUACAUGUUAAUUUUGAAAAUAUUGAUGGAUGUUUCAUUUCAAUUUAAAAGUUGAAAUAUGGGUAUAUACUUACAUGAAUUACAUCAGUACCAUACACUCUUAAUGUACUGCAGUUCGGGAUUUAAUGAUGAUGUGACUUGAUUUUAGGGUUUCAUUCUUGUAGCUGUUAAUUCUCGAUUAAUUUAUGUCAGAUUUUAUUUUUGUUUAAGUUUCAUUAGUUACUGUAAUAAUUUUACAUUGUAUCCAGUUUUGAUUACUACUUACAAAUAUUUGGCAGAGAUAACAACAGAAAAUGAAAUGUAGAAUUGUAAAAAUUGUUAAACUGUAGAUAAUUUUUGUUUUAUGAAAAUCUUUAAACCGCUUGACCCAUGUAUUAGUGAUAUAGCUUUGUUAAGAAAUACUUCCAUUUGUAAAUUUAUUUAUUACAUUGGGGCACCUCUAAUGCAACAUGAAUCAGAGGAAUUCAAUAUUUAGGGGCUGUAAUGGAGGAGUGUUUUUAGGGCAGUAAAUAGAACAUUUCAGGAAUGUCAGUCAGGUUUAAAAUGUAUAUUGUCAGGGAGAUCUUGAGACCAGUCUACAUAUACAAUCAUUUCAUUGGUCAUCUAAAUUCCAUUUUAUAACUUUAGACCAAAAUUAAAAAGGGUACAUAUACAUGUUUAAAUUUUUAGGUUGAACAGAAAAGUUCCUCUUUUUUCACCACUUCGUUUGUACAUAAUAAUGAAAAAUUAGCCUAAAUUCUUAACAAAGCAUUAGGGUUGAUUUUACUGAAUCAAAUUUAGCUAAGCAUCUUGUAUUUUCUCACUUAUCGGACAGAAAAAUCUCUAUUUUUAGAAGUGCUGGAAAAUCUUAUCUCACGUGGGUUAUCCCACACUCCUGUGAAGGACUCCUUCAUGCGCUGAAUAUACAUAUUAUUUAUGUAAAAUAAUUAAAAAUCAGGUACCUUUAUCUUUUCUCUCCGUUCCUUAUAGUGUAUUUCUCGAUUCAAAAUUCAUUACUUUAUGAUAAGAACGUACCGUUACGUUAUAAACGAUAAAACUAAAGCGGAACUUUGUUACUGUGCGUCACUGAAAUAUCACGACGUCACUUCUGCUUACGGAUGCCAAUUUCCCGCGUUUUAAGUAGUUUCAUAUUUUUAUGCUUGUUUUUAUUGUUUCUGUUGUGUUAAGUGAGAAAUAGAAUCCAUCAUUGGUGUUCGGUGAAGAUCGGAAAUCCCAACCCUCGGGCGCACCGCUCAAGUCUUAAACUCGGCUCAGCCUCGUUUAAGACUUGAGCGGUGCGCCCGAGGGUUGGGAUUUUCUGAUCUUAACCGAAGACCAAUGAUGGAUUCUCUAUAUCUUGACUUAUAUUGAACUUUUAAAAAAAUUGUUGGACAUCAAAAAUGAGGCAUUUUUGCUUCAAAGUUAAACUAUGUAAUCAUGUCAAAACCUUUAAAAGUUGUUUUUUUUGCCUUAUAACAGCAUGAUAACGUCAGUAUUAAGAAUGUUUGAAUCCAGUACAAAUAAUCAAAAAUGAAAUAUUUUGUUAUGGAUUCAAAUUAAAUAUGUUAAUUAUGUCAUUGCUGCAUAAUUAUUUUGGUAAGUAUUAUUAUUUUAAUGUACAAGUGUUUUCAUAAUGGCCCAGUGAUAGAUCAAAGAUCUGUCAUAUUUACAGGAGGCUGCAGGUUGAGGUCCAAUACAAUAAAUAGAGGACCUAUGACAUGGCCAUUGUGAAAAGAUGUAUUAUUGUAAAAUUUGUUAUGUGAUCACUUUGAAAUUUUUUUAGUUAAAAUACAUGCCAAUAAAUUACAGUUGAACUUACUUUAGCCACCACCUUUAUUAAGUAGCCUUUUGCUGUAAGCAGUCCGUCAACUAAUUUCCCAAGUUCGCAUUUUGUUCUUAUUUUAACUUGUCUUAACUUACGCAGCCACCUAUCUAAAAUAGCUAUAUUGUGUCCCUCCCCUGGCUGGCUACUUAAUACAGGUUUUGAGUGUAAUCUCACAUACCUAGAAACAUGUACUUGGCAUUGUGGUGGUGCAUUAGAAGUUACAUGUUAUUACAAACAAAAGGCUAUUUUAGACCAUGCAAUAAAAGUAAAAUCUUUGAGAGUUCUGUAAUUUACAUUCAUUAUGGACAUGUCAAAUAAUGGUAUAAUAAUGCGCGGGCUGGAAUAACUGUAUUAGUACCUACUUAUUGCAAUCGUGUAUUAAAUGUUUGUAAUUAUUAUCAAUAUUUCUUCUGAGAUUAACUAGGAAAAUGAUACUGUCUAGUCAUUUGUCAGAAGGCAACAAUAAAUACUGCUGGUUUUACCUGUUUGUGUUUAAAUCUUAAAUAAAUAUGUCAAAAGUUC